AUACAUAUCUGCAUUUUUCUGAGAUGGCAUCAAGAGGCUGCAAGCAUCCGGCAGACGCAUUUUGCUGUGGCCAAUUUAUCAAGACAAGAGCGAAAAAGUACUCUGUGGAAGCAUCCGCUAAGAUGUGUCAGGCCUACAAGACAUAUUUCGGCAUGCCUGUCGGGGAUCAAGACAAACCCUGGGCACCUGAUUUAACCUGCGAGCUAUAAAAAAAAAACUCUGGAAGAUGGAAUCAAGAGGCUGCAAGCAUCCGGCAAACACAUUUUGCUAUGUCUGCGGCCACUUUCUCAAGACAAGGGCGAAAAAGUACUCUGUGGAAGCAUCUGCAAAGAUGUGUGAGGCCUAAAAGGCACAUUUUGACAUGCCUGUCAGGGAUCAAGACAAACUCUGGGCACCUCAUUUAACCUGCGAGCAAUGCAAAAAAAACUCUGGAAGGAUGGUACAGAGGGGAAAAGAGAGCCAUGAAGUUCGCUAUCCCAAGAAUUUGGCGAGAACCCACUGACCACUCAAGCAACUGCUACUUUUGCAUGGUGGACCCUUCCAAACGUUGGACUAGCAAGAAUGCACCUGCUAUCACAUAUCCAGACCUUCCUUUAUCCAUCGCCCCGGUGCCACACUGCCAUGAGCUCCCCGUACCCACUCCUCUGGAGAGAGAGCAGCCGUUUUUAGAAGAGAGCAGCAAGUCAGAGAGCGAGGAAGAUGUUGUAGAUCCAGAUGAAAAUUUCAGAGGUGGAGCUGAGGAGAGAAACCCAUAUUACCGCAACCAAAAAUACCUCAACCGACUUGAUCAGAGAUCUUGGUCUCACCAAGUCCAAUGCCGAGCUUUUGACGUCUUGGCUCAAGCAGUGGAACUUGUUGGAAGAAAGUGUGCAAGUCGCAGAUCAGAGGAAGCGUCACCAACCUUUUUCAGCUUCUUCACCCGUCAAGAUGGGCUCUGCUUCUGCCACAAUGUGACCAGUCUGUUCGAGGUAAUCGGAAUUGCCUGUAACCAGAAUGAGUGGCACCUCUUCAUUGACAACUCGUCUAGGAGUCUCAAAGCAGUGCUGCUCCAUAAUGGUAACAAGUACCUGUCUCUUCCCCUGGCUCACUCGGUGCACCUCAAAGAAAAUUACAACAGGGUCAAGACCUUGCUGGACGCCUUGAAGUAUGAUGAGUACAGCUGGAAGGUCAUCGGAGACUUCAAAAUGGUGGCAUUCCUGAUGGGUCUCCAAGGCGUACUACCACAGGCGGGACUGGCCACAGCGGACCGAGUACUCUGUGGGGAGGAACAACGUCAAGUGGGAGCCACUGGUGGACCCCCGGAAGGUGCUGAUGCCACCACUGCACAUCAAAUUGGGCCUUAUGAAACAAUUUGUCAGAGCUGUAGAUAAGGAGAUGGCAGCUUUCAAGUAUCUUCAAGACUUCUUCCUUAAGCUGUCUGAGGCAAAGGUCAAAGCCGGUGUCUUCGUCGGACCACAUAUAAAGAAGAUCCUGGAGUGCAAUGAAUUCCCCAAAAUGCUCAAUUCCCCAAGUAAGGAGAAAGCAGCUAGGAACAGCUUUGUCACAGUGGUUCGUGGCUUCCUGGGCAAUCACAAGAUCGAAAACUACGUGGAGCUGGUUGAGACUGGUGAAGAACUACGGCACAAUGGGCUGUAGGAUGUCCCUCAAAGUCCAUAUCCUUGAUGCUCAUCUUGAUAAAUUCAAGGAAAACAUGGGAGCAUACUUGGAGAAGCAAGGCGAGCGCUUCCACCAGGAUAUAUUGGACUUUGAAUGCCGCUACCAAGGACAGUAUAACGAGAACAUGAUGGGAGACUACAUUUGGAAAAUCGUAAAUCUCGCAAAACUACUAACUUCUAAAUCUUUUGUAGUCAUUUUUGUAUUACUUUAGUAUAAAUACAUGUUAAUUUAUAGAUUCAUGAUGUUUUUUUACGACUUUAUGUGAACGAAAAUAUACAAAUUUGCCUGUUUUCUCAUUGAAAUAGGUAAAUUCCAAAAUAUCACUGUCCUGGUCACAAAGGCAGUUUGUGGGGAAUAAUAGCCAUUUUAUAUACUUCGGAAGGUGGUAGGAUGGGAACAUCACAGCCAGUUAUGAUUUAAACUGCUUGAUAACGUCCUUCCAAUGAUUUCUAAGUUUGUACCCAUCUUUUCGGUUGAAAUUGUGUCUGUGUCUGUAUAUAUCGAUGGCUUCAUGAACGAAACUUUGUUUAUAGCCAGUGGGUUUGCAAAGUACCUUCGUCUUAGAGAAAUUAAUUUCGUGUGAGCCCACUGCAUUAAAACAAUGAUCAGCCAUGGCCGAGGUAUUGGUUUUACCGUGUUUCAGAUCUGCCUCAUGUUCACGAACACGGUCCGAGACAUGUCGCUUAGUUUCCCCCAUGUAACUACUGCCUCAGACACAGCUUAGUUUUCUAAUAAACGUGUUUGGGUUAGAUCGCGUUAUUUAUAAAUGUGUCGUAACCCUCCACCACCCGACACGGCCAAUCAGUAAAAAAGUGUCACGUUGACAAAAGACAAAUAGUUCACUACUUUAGCCCACCGGUGUGUUGAAGAGUGAAUCCACAACAUAAUUACCAGCGAAACGUCGUACUAAAAAAUCCAGCUGGAUGUAAUUACCAGAGAAAUGUCGUACUCAAAAAUUGUAAAUGUUGUGGAUUCACUCUUCAACACACCGGUGGGCUAAAGUAGUGAACUAUUUGUCUUUUGUCAACGUGACACUUUAUUACUGAUUGGCCGUGUCGGGUGGUGGAGGGUUACGACACAUUUAUAAAUAACGCGAUCUAACCCAAAAACGUUUAGUUAUGAAUAAUAUUGGUCGUGAAAGCCUACGUGUUAAACAGCUUAGUUUUGUUUUAUAUAUAAGAGUUCUAUUUUGUACAUUUGACCAAUUAUUUGUUUCAGGAUCUUUAUAAUCACAAAUUGCACGACAUUUUGGAUGUGUUUUAAAGAAUAGAUUGUUUAUGAAAAUUUGGAUAAAACUGAUUAAUAUUGAGAAAAAUUUAUUCAAAAUGCUUCGAGAAGCGUACAAAUAGAUGGUGUUGCAUCACUGCCUGCUACAAGGCUGCAAACAGUUACAGUAUUUAACUAUGGCGGUCUUGGUGGCGUUGAACUAUUCAUUAAUUGUUCUCAAUGUGAACAGAUGACGUGAACUUAAAUGUUUUUUUUAUUCCUACAGUUUAUGUUCUGUAACAGCUUGUAAAAUAUCGUCAUGUUUUUUUUUCAUUAAAACUACUCUAAUUCCUCUACAGUGGACAUCGCAUUGCUAGGCCAGCUGACCGGUGGUAUCUGUGUGGACAAUGAAAAAAAUCGUAGAAAUGUUUCCCCAGUGUACUUCCAUGUGUGUCAUCGAGCUAGCCACGUGAAACACUUAGACCGCAGUUUUUUCCGUUUAAAAAUACUUGUGCUUUCAUGUCCAUCCA